AUGGAGAAGUUUCAGAGCUCCUUUGAGUCCAACACUGCGAAGGCUGACAAAGUCAUUUCUAUCAUGGGAUCAACCCUUAAAAUUGAGAAGGAAAAACUUCAAGAGGUUCGUACUGGUCAUAAAUCUGACCAUGACGACUUCCAAACAUCCAUCUCCUCGAAAAUAUAUAAGAUUCAAGAUGAUCUCACAAUGGAGAGAAAAAUAAUGGAUGCAAUUUCUGUCAAGACAGAAAAGUUCAAAGUCCUUACCAUCAAAAUCGAAAAUGUUGAGAAACAAGUCAAUGAUUUGUUAUCCGAAAAUGCAGCUAUGAAAAGCUAUAUCAUAGACGUUACUAGCAUGCUUUUGGAUAUCAUUGAGACUCGUGACUCAAUGAUCAUGAUUAUGGUGAAGAAGCAUAUUGCUGAAAAACUAAGGCCAGUGUUCACCAUGCUCCAUAGAAUGGAAGGUGUUCCAGAAUCUAGCCCCAUUGAUAAAAAAAGGGGGGAGAAGGUAUGUUACAAUUCAAGAAGGAAGACCCCAAACCUUCAGCCAACCCAAUUGUCAAAAGAAAAUCUAAGCCUAAAGGCAAAGAAAUACUUUUCAUUGAAGAACCCAUAG